AACAGUGUGUGCAGCAGCAGCAGCAGCAGCAACAGUGUGGUGCAGCAGCAGCAGCGUGGUGCAGCUGCAGGUUUACAACCUCAAGUUAACUUCACUUACCUUGAAGAAGGAACUUGUCUGUUAGACAUUUGAGUUACUGCACUAAAGACAAUUAUUGUUGCACAAUGAAGCCACCAUACUUCCAGGAGAGAAGUUUACCUCACAGAGUAAAUAAGUACAUGAAUGAACACAAACAUAUUGAUUUGGAGGAUAUGACAGAUUACCUAAUCAACAAUUAUCGAGAAUUUCGAGGCAAGAAUAAAAAGGCCUUCAUGCGAAGUGUUGAGAAAGCGUUUGAAUGGCACCUGUAUUGUCGUAAGCAGAAUGAAGAAAGCAGUGACAUUGAGGAUAUCAUAGAUAGUGAUGGAGGAGGUUCAGAUGUCAUGGAUAUCACUGAAUCUGAACACCCAGUUAAGCAAAUACCUUUCAUCAGUGGACUUCUAGGGGAAUCAAAUGCAGUGUUUGCAGUUUUCAAAGAGACCCACGCAAAAGAUAACUUUGACAGUGAAAUGUGGCUACUUGGGUACAACCUUUUUCAGAUGCGACAGAAAGAACAGGCAACCUAG